AUGAAUGCAGCGCCGGCCGUGAGAGGUUGCCAUAUGGUCGGGAGCGUGCCACUGCCCGACACCGAAAGCGUCCUUCGACAAUGUACUGAGGGGCAACCGAACCGACUGAAACGCAUCCCUGAUGGCGAGACGGGCUUCCGCAAUCUCUUCACUUUCUGGCAGGCUGCAUGUUUCCAAGCGAGCCCGGACUUGGCUGUCAAGUUUGAGCUGAACAAACCCGUGCUGAGUGGCGACUUCACACCGGAGGAAGUGGAUGCUGGUAUCGAGAAAUUGAGGAAGGCUGGGCCGCUUGAUACCAAGUACGAUGCUGUCGCUAUCGAAAGCUAUGCCACGUUCAAGACGCUCAAGGAUGAGGGUGUCCUGUCCAAGAACACUCGUUUCCAGGUAUCCUUGGCAACACCGCCGAAUGUGUUGACGCCUUUUGUGCAGGCGCUGUUCAUAUCAAAGGUGGAGCCGUUGUACCAAGAUGCGUUGUACAGAAGCAUGCAGAAAAUCCAGGAUGCCAUCCCUCAUGACCAACUCGCCAUACAAGUAGAUCUCGCAAUCGACACGGCAUUCUGGGAGGGCUUUGCCUGGCUCAAGCCAUGGUUCGGCGAUGGCAACAUCGAGAAAGUCAAGGAUUACAUUAUCGACUAUGUCAUUCGUAUGAUCGGCCAGGUACAUGAGGAUGUCGAGCUCGGCCUUCACAACUGCUACGGCGACAUGGAACACCGCCACUUCUUCGAGCCAGAAUCCCUCGAGCAGCUUGCAGAACGUAGUCUCCGCAUCUUUGACAAGACACCUCACAAGAUCAACUUCUUCCAUGCUCCAGUACCACUCUCUGCUCUCGACAAGCUGGACUCUUAUCUGGAACCACUGAAGCAGCUGAUUCCGAAAUUCAAACAGCACGACACCGAUCUCUACCUUGGUGUCGUGCACUUCGACAACGCUGCCGCCACGGAGAAGAUGGUCGCAGCUGCGACGAAGGUGCUGGGCGACUAUCCUUUCGGCAUUGGCACCGAGUGUGGCUGGGGUCGAACGCCACCGGAGCAGAUCAAGGACAUCAUGAAACUUACUACGGCAUCAUGCGGACCAGUCUCAUAG